AGCUGAUUGUUAGCAAAGCGCUAGCCGGCUAACUUACCCUAGCUCCCCGAAAGGUUGGAGAAUGAAAGGAGUGGCACAGUACGAAUAGUCCCUGAGUUCUUAGCGAACAUGGCAGCACAAGACGAACUCAACCAGCUGGAGCGUGUGUUCCUGCGGUUGGGCCUUGCUGAGACAGAUGAUCAGCUGCAGGACAUCAUAUCAAAGUUCUUGCCGCCUGUGCUCCUCAAAUUGUCCAGCGUCCAGGAGGGCGUCAGGAAAAAGGUGAUGGAGCUGUUAGUCCACCUGAACAAACGUAUCAAAAGUCGGCCGAAGAUCCAGUUGCCAGUAGAGACCCUGCUAGUGCAGUACCAGGACCCUGCUGCAGCCUCUUUUGUCACCAACUUCACCAUCAUCUACAUCAAGAUGGGCUACCCACGACUGGAGACUAGCAAGCAGUGUGAACUGGCCCCCACCCUGCUGACAGCCAUGGAGGGCAAGCCACAGCCACAGCAGGACAGCCUGAUGCACCUGUUGAUCCCUACGCUCUUCUACAUGAAGUACCGAUCAGAGCCCUCUAAGCCCUCGCCUUUCCUGCUGUCAGAGAAGCCAAAACAAGCCCACCUGCUCCUGGAGUUCAUGCUGGACGUCCUCCUCAUGCCCUAUGGGUUUGUGUUAAACGAGCCCCCGUCCCGUCCAUCUCCUCCCUCCCCCCAGAGCGGGGGUGGUGCAGGUACUGCGGGUGGUGCAGCAGGUGGGCAGGGUCUGCCCCAGCCGCCUCCUGGCAUGAGCGUGUACGCUGUGAAGCGGGUGAUCGGCGAGGCCCAGUGGAGCCCUGAGCAGCUGGAACAGUGUAAGCUGGGAAUUGUGAAAUUCAUUGAAGCUGGACAGGUGUGUGAAGUCGAGACGGUGAUUCAUCUGGUCGUCGCCUCCAGUGACACUAGACACAGCGUUGCCACGGCAGCAGACCUGGAGCUUAAGAGCAAGCAGAGCAUCAUUGAUUGGAACAAUCCUGUCAUCGUCAACAAGAUGUAUAAAGUGUACUUGGGAGACAUUCCACUCAAGACCAAGGGAACAUCUAUGAAGCGCGAGUUGAAGCAUGAGCCGGUGAGCACCCGUGUGAAGCUGAAGAUUCUGCCCCAUCUCCUGCGCUCACGCCUGGCAGCCGAGAGCUUUCCUGCCAACAUACAGGUGGUGUAUGAUGGCCUGUUUGGAGCAAACACUAAUAAUAAACUGCUGUCUCUCACCCUGCAGUUUGUGCAUCACAUCUGCAUGGUAUGUCCUGAUACAAAUAAGCCUCUCGGUCUGAUGCUGCUGAAUGGCCUCACUAAGCUCAUUAAUGAGUACAAGGAGGAUCCCAAGUUAUUGUGUGUGGCAUAUUCAGCUGUCGGGAAGCUCUCAAGUCGAAUGCCCCAGCUCUUCACUAAAGACAUUGCUCUGGUGCAGCAGUUCUUUGAGUCAAUGUGUAAGGAAGAGGCCGAUGUGCGCCUUGCCAUCCAGGAAGCGCUGUCUAUGAUGGUGGGAGCCUAUGCCAACCUUCAAGGAGCACUGCUCAAUCUGAUGGAGGCUCUGGUGGCUGCCUACAUAUGCAAGCCGGAGGUGCAGGUCAGACAGGUCGCCAUGAAGUUUGCCAGCACAGUGUUCGCCCCGGACCACGUGCCCUCCAGAUACUUGCUGCUACUGGCCGCAGGAGACCCUCGUGAGGAGGUGCAUGGUGAGGCGCAGCGUGUCCUGCGUGCUCUCCCCUCUGAGCGCUCUGAGAAGGAGGGGGCCAGACCUCCCGUGCCCUCUUUCCCUGAGAUGGUCCGUUUUAUCCAGGAGAAGGCUGCACAGAGAAUGAAAACUCCCGACAAAUACAUUGUGGGAACUACAGCCCUGCCCUUCAACCCCUCUGCAUUUGAAGAGAUCAUGAUGUAUCUGCGGAUGUGUUUGGCUCACAGCGCUGGGGUCACACCCACCUCCCAGAACCUGAUGGACAUGCAGGACGACGCUCCUGCCAUCGGCCGCUAUGUCCAGUCCCUGCUCUCGGCCGAGACAUCUCCCAAAGGGGAUGAGGCCAACCCUGUGCAGGUCUACAUGGAUCUGCUGCAGCAGCUGCUGACGGCUGUGGGAGGCAUACCUGUGAUGUACUGUCUCCUGGAGGUUGUGUCUGUGUGCCCUCACAAACUCGCCCCCAAAUUUAUUGACCGAAUCGACUGGAUCCGGGGUAUGAUGAACAGCAGCAAGGAGGACAUGCGCGAGCUGGCUGCUCAGCUGUACGCCAUGGUCAUCUCCACAAUGUCAGGCAACGAGCUCAAGAAUGCUGUCCAGAACCUGGUCAAGAUUACCAAGGAUACACACAGCCCAGAGGCCCAGCAUGCGGCCAUCUUAGCUCUUGGCUUUAUGGUGGGCCGCUACAUGAGCAGGAAGCGCAGUCCUCGCUCUGCCAACUCACCCAAUCAGCAGCAGUUCAUGAAUGCCACACCUGCCGAGGAUGAUGAGCUCAUCGCCAGGGCCACCAAGACCAUCGGUUCCUUCCUGGACAACGGCUCUCCUUUGCUGGCGGUGGCGGCGGUGACGGCCCUGGGGGAGGUGGGCCGUAACGGGCUGUUGCUGAUCCCUGCCGAGGGAGAGGGCUUCACCAAACUCAGCCUGGUGGAGAACCUGCUAGCGCGCCUGCCCUCUGGCAAGGAGACCACCAAGAUGAAGGAGCGUGCUGUGCUGACACUGGGAUAUUUGCCGGUGGGAGAUGGAGACUUCCCCCAUCAAAAGAAGCUGCUGCAAGGUCUCAUGGACUCAGUGGAGGCAAAACAGGUGGAGUUGCAGUUUACAGUAGCAGAGGCCAUCACUAGUGCUGCCAUAGGAACCAGCUCCGGGGCCGCCAGGGACGCCUGGACCUGCACAGAGGAGGAGUAUCAGCCACCCAACUAUGUGAAGUGUAAUGAUGUGGUCCCAUGGGUCCUGACCUCCAUCCUCUCCAAGUCCGUGAUUAGUGCCAACCCACAUGUGCGCCAGGCUGCCUGCAUCUGGCUGCUGUCGCUGGUCAAGAGGCUCAGCCAACACAAGGAGAUUAAGUCUCACUUGAAGGACAUCCAGACUGCCUUCAUCUCUGUGCUGUCAGACCCCGAUGAGCUGAGUCAGGAUGUGGCCUCUAAGGGCCUUGGGCUUGUGUACGAACUUGGUGGAGAACAGGAUCAGCAGGAGCUGGUGUCCACACUGGUGGAGACGCUGAUGACCGGGAAGAGAGCCAAGCAUGCCGUUUCUGAGGACACAGAGGUCUUCCAGGGAGAGUCUAUGGGAAAGGCACCAGAUGGGCAUGGCCUCACCACCUAUAAGGAGCUGUGCUCACUGGCCAGUGAUCUGAACCAGCCUGACCUUGUCUACAAGUUCAUGAACCUGGCCAAUCACCACGCCAUGUGGAACUCCAGAAAGGGAGCAGCGUUUGGCUUCAACAUCAUCGCUGCCAAAGCAGGCGAGCAGUUGGCCCCCUAUCUGCCCCAGCUGGUGCCACGCCUCUACAGGUACCAGUUUGACCCCAACCUGGGCAUCCGCCAGGCCAUGACCAGCAUCUGGGACGCGCUCGUCACCGACAAGAACACCGUGGAUAAGUAUGUGAAGGAGAUUCUCCAGGAUGUCAUCUCAAACCUCACCAGCAACCUGUGGAGAGUGCGAGAGUCCAGCUGUCUCGCUCUGAAUGACUUGGUCCGUGGACGGCAGGCAGAAGACCUCAUCGAUUACAUGGCGGAGAUUUGGGAGACCCUGUUCAGAGUCCUGGAUGACAUCAAAGAGUCUGUGCGGAAGGCUGCUGAUUUAGCUUUAAAAACCCUCAGUAAGGUGUGUAUACGUGUGUGUGAGUCAUCUGGAGCUGUGGCUCAGAGAACUGUAGCGGUGUUGCUGCCCACCCUGCUGGAGAAGGGCAUCGUUAGCAAUGUGACCGAGGUCCGCUCGCUCAGUAUCCAGACGCUGGUGAAGGUCAGUAAGACGGCGGGGAGCCGCCUGAAGCCACAUGCGGCUCGUGUGAUCCCGGCUCUGCUGGAGGCUCUGAGUGUGCUGGAGCCGCAGGUGCUCAACUACCUCAGCCUCAGGGCCACUGAGCAAGAGAAGAGUGCCAUGGAUGCUGCUAGACUGAGUGCAGCAAAAUCUUCCCCCAUGAUGGAAACCGUCAACAUGUGCUUGCAACAUUUAGAUGCGCCUGUCCUUGGGGAGCUGGUCCCUAAACUGUGUGAUCUGCUGAAGAGUGGAGUGGGUCUGGGCACUAAGGGAGGCUGUGCCAGUGUUAUCAUGUCUCUAACUGUCCAGUGCCCUCAGGACCUCUCCCCCUACUCUGGGAAGCUGAUGGCUGCUCUGCUGAAUGGGAUUCAUGACCGGAGUAGUGUGGUACAGAAGGCCUUUGCUUGUGCAAUCGGACACUUGGUCAGAGCAGCAAAGGACAGCAGCAUAGAGAAACUCCUGCAGAAGCUUAACACCUGGUACCUUGAGAAGGAAGAGGCUGUGUAUAAGUCAUCGUGCUGCCUGACCGUUCACUCUAUCAGCCACUACAGUCCAGACGUGCUGAAGCGCCACGCUGGACUUGCUCUGCCCCUGGCCUUCCUGGGCAUGCACCAGGUGGCUGAGGAGACGGAGCAGACGGAGACCACCCACGCCAGCCUGUGGGGGGAGGUGUGGCAGGACCACGUGCCAGGUAGUUUUGGAGGCAUCAGGCUGUACAUGACGGAGCUCAUAGCCAUCACCCAAAAGGCCUUGCAGUCGCAGUCGUGGAAGAUGAAGGCUCAGGGGGCAGCUGCCAUGGCAACAGUUGCCAAGCAGCAGACGGGCUCGUUGGUCCCACCCCACCUGGGCAUGGUCCUGGGCGCUCUGAUGCAAGGGCUGGCUGGACGCACCUGGGCUGGGAAAGAGGAGCUGCUGAAGGCCAUCGCCUCAGUAGUGACCAAGUGCAGCGGUGAGCUCCAGAAGCCUGUGGCCGGCCAGCCGACUGUGACUGAGGUGGUGGAGUGUGUGCUGCGUGGAGUGUCGUGGGAGAGCCUGGUCUACAAGAUGGCAGCUCUGCGCUGUGGAGAAAUCAUGGAGGCAACACAGACUGACCGCUUUCACGACCUGAGCCAGCUGCUCUUCCCCAUCAUCAAAAAGUAUCGACCAGCGGGUGCAGGAUCUCGGAGGAGAGCUGAAGAUGACGACAAUGACGAUGAUGAAGACGAUGAUGACGAGAAGAAGCGAGAACUGCGCAUGGAGGCUCUGCUCUGUGCGUUCGAGAGCCUGGGCAAAGCCUGGCCGAGAAACCCUCAGACACAGGGUCAGUACCAGCUGGAGGUGUGUGCACUGAUGUGUGAGAGGCUGCAGCUCAGCACCUGGAAGGUGCAGUUAGGAGUCCUGCAGACCAUGAAGGCCUUCUUUAAAGGUUUAUUGUUGUUGGAGAAGGAUCAUCAAAACUUCACUGUCCUGUCUCAGAUUUUGUCUGAGACAUCAACAGCACUUUCCUAUCCCCUCGAAAACAAGAGUUACUCCUCUGUGAGGUCUGAGGCCUUGAGUGUUGUGGAACUGCUUGUUAAAAAGAUCACAGAGAGUGGUCAGUGGGAGUGUAUGUCAGAGAAGAGUCGUGGCCAGCUGCAACGCUCACUGGCCACCAUGGAGAUGGACAGUCGUCCCGAGUUACGGGACAAAGCACAGGAGCUUCGUCGGAAUAUCCAGGGCCAGACCUGAAUUCUGGAAGCUUCUCCACCGCCAGCACACGCUCCCUGAGCUGCUCAUGAAAUCCCCGAGGGCCAUCGCUGCACAAACGCACCUGCUGACAUGCAAACACACACACACACACACACACACACAUACACACACACACACACACAUACAUGCAGACACACACACAAAAGGACACACACCUACUUCCCACACCUCUUCUCCCUUACCAUCUUUCCUCAAAUGUGAUCAAAAGCAUUUUCAUAAUCCAUCCCAUUCUCUGUUGUAGUCUUUCCCGUCUCUUUUGCCCAGAAACCGUAUUGGACGUUAUGAACUGCUCAAGUCAGUGGGCUCACUGGCUGUUCCCCGUUUGUGGUUUGCGGUGGUCUAAAACAGCUCCAAUUUGUUAGCCCUCUUAACCCUGUGUGAAAGAACAUGUGUUUCUUUAAAGACAGGGCAACUAUAUUUGUAUUAUUAAUGAAUUAUUGUCAUUAUUAUUAAUCUUAUUCAUGUUGGGCUAUGGCUCAGAAGGUUUAACCUGAUGGGGCGUGUGUGUGUGUGUGUGUGUGUGUGUGUGUGUGUGUGUGUGUGUGUGUGUGUGUGUGUGUGUGUGUGUGUGUGUGUGUGUGUGUGUGUGUGUGUGUGUGUGUGUGUGUGUGUGUGUGUGUGUGUGUGUGUGUGUGUGUGUGUGUGUUAUGGACUGUGAGAUCCAAGCUCAGUUGGAGAGGUAGCUGGGAGCUCUGGUCUCUGUGUUGGCUGGCCGUAGUGCUACCUGCAGUGACCUCUACUGAUGCUGCAUAACACUGCAAACAAGAGAGAGAAGUGGCAGGACAAGCUGUUGUCCGAAGGGACACCAAUUCAAAGGGACUGAAAGAGUUUUAGAGAGGCCUUUAUACAGAGCUGACAAUACACUGGACUUCACACGUAGUUUAUUUCAAAACCUUCAUGAAGUGGCUGUUUGUAAGCAGCUAUUAUUGAUGAGGCUGUAUUGUAACAGUGUGGGGGGUAGUCAGAUUAAUGAAGGUAGUCAAUAUCAGGGCUGGGGAAUGUUUUGAAUUGCUUUUGAUGUACUAAAGAGCUUGGUGUGGCAUUUGGACAGGUAAUCUCAUGUUUGCAUGGCUCCAGGUGUGAAAUCUAUUUUCAAAAAAUGUGUAAUGAAUAGGUUCUACUGAAGAUCCGAUGGUAGGCAUGCACGUUUGGGUUUUGCCCAAAUAUAAAUUGUUCCUUAAAAUGAAAAGAAUAAAACUCUUCAUUGUGAAA